AUGUGGGAAAGCAAAGGAUGCACAGCACGGGGCUUUAUAUUGUUCGGUGAGAGCUCUGUUGCAGAUAAAAAGUACCUGCGUAUAGUUUGCUCUAUUAGUAGUGGACAAGAGUUCAAAAACGCAAAGGAGGAAAUAAAGGCGGGUUCUGCUGCCAUGGCCUUUGUUUUAGUAGCUGGUUUUAACAAAAGCUGCUUCCCGGAAUUGGCCUUUGUUUUUGUCGGCCGUCUCACUAGUCUGUCUGUUGCGGCUUGCGCAUGUGUUCUUUUCAAUAUUCCUACAGUCGGGCAAUGCGCCGGAAGAACUGGGCCUCAUUUGGUCCGGCUCGGCCCGAUAACUCAGAUCGAAAAAAUAGCCCAACACAGCAUCUGCUCAAAUCCCACCGAGGAAGCGUUGGGUACUGAAACGGAGAAUUUGAAUCCGUUCUACGGGAUGACAUCAGCGAUCGGAUGGUACGGUCCACUGAUCGACCUCUCCAAAGCUGCCCUUCAUAUCGGCGAUUUUGUUCAGCUUCUCGUAUUUGUCCAUAGAUCCACUCCCGUUCAGUUUAAACUAUCAAAAGGUGGAGAGGUAAUCAGGACCGACAUUCAGGUGGGCGAUGAUUCUCGGCCGUUCUUUUCUGUUUCACUGUGGCAGAAACAAAUGGCAUCCAUUGCGGUUGCUGGUGAUGUUAUUUUGUUACAAAAUGUGAAGAUCACAAAAUUUGGGGAUGCUGUUGAGGCCAGAACUGAGAACUGUUCAUCACUACUUCCUCUGAUUCACCCUUUUGAAUCACUUGUCUCAAAGGGACUCGAUGACUUAAUGGUGGAAUCUCGAGUGGGGACAGCUGCAAGAGAAAAGUUCAGGAAGGUUGUCAAGUGGGCGCGGCAGGCUGGAGCUACUCUUUUCAACACCAAAUUCCAAAGCUUUCAAAAGGGGCAGCUUUCAAGAAACUGGAAAGUACCAGGAGAAAGUGAAUCCCGACGCUGUUUCUCUCUUUCAGAAGUGUCACAGUUAUUUGAUUCCUGUAAAGCAAUCUUUAGUGCAUUUAUUGGAGAAAUGUUUCUGCCAAUUACCUGGAAAGCUCUUGGUGAUAAUGAGAAAGAAAAGAUGUUCAUCAGCCGGCGACUGUCCAAUGUGGUGGAUGAUAGCUUAGUAGAAGACCUCAUUUGUACUGGCUGCCGGCUAUGCGGUAGCACUUUUGAUAUGCAAUAUAGGUCCGUGGUUGAGCAAACUUCUUUUCCACUCUAUUGCCCUAAGAGCUCAAACCACCUUCAUGCAGUAAGCAUGAUAUAUAGACCCUUUAUGCUGUACCUGUGGGAUGAAUCAGACUACAUGCCACUACUUGUCAGAAACAAAGCUGCAGAACUUCUGUUUGGGAACAUCAAAGCUGAGAAGGUAUAUUUAUGUUAUAGAAAGCAGAAGCAAAAUCAAAAGUCUGAUCCAAAAGAUGUGGACAUGGAGAAUGAUUGCAAAGUUGUAGCGGAUUCUUGCUCUGUAAGUGAAGAUAAAACUGCGGAAGGAAGGAGAAAACAUCAACUUGACAGGAAAGUAGACUUUCAUUUGGUUUGGUUGCUUCUUUUAAAGAUGUUACUGCUGCAAGGAAAGAACAGUCCCUAUAAAUUUGAAGUCACUGUAAACUUGAACCUAGACCGGGAAUAUGGUAGGUAUGAAAUGAUUUCUUUGUCAAUUCCAUGCAUUGAAACCAAAUAGCCACAAGAUUGAAGUGAGUGUUGGUCAUUAACAUUGUGUUUGGAAGGAAGGGGAUUGGGGAAAGUAAAGGGCAAGAGUUGGAAGGGAAGGGGAAGGCGUCACUUAAGCCUCGUUUCCUCAAUUAUUCCCCCUAAAUGGUUCCAAAUCAAGGAGAAGGCGUCAGUCAAACAGUUACUCUUCUUUCUCCCAGAUGACCCUAUCUUGUGAUCUCCCGGACUCUUCCUUGCGCAUGCCUUUCCCUAAAAAGCCAAAGUCUCUCUCUCUGCUGCAUAACAUCUCUGCGCAUCUUUGAAGGGAAUCCUUGUGUCAAAGGUUUGGAUAAGUCACUGAUCUUGUACUGAAAUUUGAUUCUGCUUGUAAGGAUUUCACCAUUAGUUUUGAGAAUCGUCAAGAACUCCUAUGUAUGUAUAUUUUAGGUGAUACAUUUUUUCGUUUCUUGUUUCUUCUGUU